CUUUUAUGGGGUUUGUCUGCUGAGAUAUACCAGAGUUUUCAGUUGCCUCCAAUCUCCACUUACUCUCUUUCAAAACACCCCAUUCACUUCUCUUCAGCAAUCUCAUCAACUUCACCAACAAAAAGGAGUGGAAGCAGGCACAAACCAUUCACAAAAAGUCCAUCUCUUUUCCAUUUUUCUUGUUUUGAUGGAUCUGCAGAUCUAGCCCCUUGGAACACGGAUAAAGUUCUUGGUGGUUUUCCCAGAUCUUCAGCUGUAGAGCGGAGCAGCUCACCAAAUUGUAAAGUGUUGGACCUUCUGGAUUUCAAAUGGUUGACCAAUCGCUUGCUUGAGAAAAAAGUGGAUUUGACCAUUCUUUUUUCAAACCCCUUUUGUACUUGUACUAUUUCUUUGUCGGUUGUCGAGUAGAGGACGGAACAAUUCAAAAUUGGGGUACUCGGCUCCAGUUGAACUGAGUCCUUAUUAGAUGUGGAGAAUUUGGAGGGUUGUUUGGAUGAGAUGAGGUAUGUUAUCAGGGUUGAUGAACUUUUUGAGGGCCUGUUUUCGGCCAGGGUCGGAUCGAUAUGUUCACACUGGUUCGGACGCUGGUGGUCGCCAGGAUGGGCUCCUGUGGUACAAAGAUUCUGGGCAGCACUCUAGUGGUGAAUUCUCGAUGGCUGUUAUUCAGGCCAACAAUUUACUUGAAGAUCAUAGCCAGAUUGAGUCAGGCAGUUUGAGCUCACAUGAGUCUGGCCCUUAUGGUACCUUUGUUGGAAUUUAUGAUGGGCAUGGUGGACCCGAGACGGCCCGGUACAUCAAUGAUCACCUCUUCCAUCAUCUCAAGAGGUUUACUUCAGAGCAGCAAUCCAUGUCAACGGAUGUAAUACGCAAGGCUUUUCAAGCAACAGAAGAGGGGUUUAUCUCUCUUGUUGCUAGACAGUGGUCCAUCAGACCACAGCUUGCAGCAGUCGGAUCAUGCUGCCUGGUUGGUGUUAUUUGUGGUGGGAAUCUUUACAUCGCCAACCUUGGCGAUUCCCGUGCGGUUUUGGGGAGACUUGUGAAGGCAACUGGGGAUGUUCUAGCCAUUCAGCUGUCAGCUGAGCACAAUGCUUGUAUAGAGUCUGUUAGACAGGAGCUGCAUUCUCUGCAUCCGGACGACAAUCAAAUUGUAGUUUUAAAGCAUAAUGUAUGGCGUGUAAGGGGCCUUAUACAGAUUACUAGGUCUAUUGGUGAUGUAUAUUUAAAAAGGGCUGAGUUCAACAGGGAGCCUUUAAUUGCCAAGUUUCGCCUUCGUGAACCAUUCAGAAUGCCAAUAUUGAGCUCAGACCCAGCAAUUUCAGUGCACCCACUCCAGCCACACGAUCAGUUUGUUAUAUUUGCAUCUGAUGGGCUCUGGGAGCACCUUAGCAAUCAGGAGGCAGUAGAUAUUGUUCAAAAUCACCCUCGCAAUGGAAGUGCAAAGAGGCUGGUGAAAGCUGCUUUACAAGAAGCAGCAAAAAAGAGAGAAAUGAGGUAUUCAGACCUGAAGAAGAUUGACCGAGGGGUUCGUCGGCAUUUCCAUGAUGACAUCACAGUGAUUGUUGUGUUUCUUGACUCAAAUCUCGUGAGCAGGGCUAGCUCAGUCAAAUGCUCUAAUAUCUCUGUGAGAGGAGGUGGGAUCAACCUGCCUGCCAAUACUCUUGCCCCUUUCGCUACCCCCACUGAAGCUGGCUCUACCUGAUGACGCCGUUUCUCAUGUUUUUAUCUGUUGUACUAUUCUCUUGUGUGAAUACCAGGUAGCUUUCAAAAGAGAUAAGAGGAGCAGCCCUUCAAUUCUUUAAUGUACACUGUAACUUUUAACUGGGAACUGAUACUUGCUUUUUAGCUUCUGUGCCACAAAGCAAAAAAAAAAAAAAAAAAAUGGAACUGCAAACAGAGCUUCAAGGUGAUGGUUAUAAUAGUUAUUUCCUUGGACAGUUCUUACUACCUUUAUUUUUUCCCUUUGAUCUUUCAUCCUUUCCAUUUGUUGGGGUUUUUGGCUUUGUAAAUUGUACGACUUGGUAAUCUAAACAUCCUUAUUUGUUGCUCAA